AUGGAAAAUUGUGCCGUAUCUGAACUUAAAGCUUACUGUUCUUUUCACAAUAUUGAGUUUAAAGUCCUCUUGUUAUUGGACAAUGCACCAAGUCAUCCUGUUUAUUGUGAUGAUUAUUCCGAAAACAUAAAAGUGGUUUUUAUGCCUCCAAAUACCACAUCAGUGAUACAACCAAUGGACCAAGGUGUAAUAUCCAACUUCAAGUCCUAUUAUUUGCGACGAAAUUUUAGCCAACUUCUUAAAGCAACUGAUGGAGAUAAUAUGCCCUCAAUGAAAGAUUUUUGGAAGAAUUAUAGCAUCAGAAUGGCUGUUGAAAAUAUAAUCCAAUCUUGGAAGGAGGUUAAGGAAUCGUGCAUGAACGGAGCUUGGCGCCAAUUAUGGCCCGAAUGCAUUAUCAAAGAUAUGGAAGAAAUUAAUGAUGUUCCGAGCAUUUGUAAAGAACUCGCAGAAACAGCAAGAAAUGCUAAUUUUGAAGGUGUGGAAGAAGAAGACAUAAGUGAGCUUCUUUUAUACGACAAAGAGCUAGAUAACGAAAGUUUGAUAUCAGCUGAGAUGAACAAUACGCUGGACACACAUACACUUGAAGUUGAACCAGAGAUUAAAAAGCUUACCACUGCUAAAAUCUCUGAAGCGAUGCAGUUGAUAACGCAAGCAAUUGAAAUUUUUAAAAAUAAUGAUCCAAUCGAAGAUCGGAGUUUAAAGGUGUCUAGAAAUGUAACCGAAGCUAUUAAUUGUUAUAAAGAAAUUUAUUUGAAAAUAAAAGCUUUGACAAUCCAAUAA